ACAAGAUGAAUCUGGUGCCGAGAAAAUGCCUUCUCCAUGUGGCUGUGAUGGGUGUUCUUCUGGCUGUGGGGGCCACAGAAGGACCCAGAGACCAGGACUGGCUUGGUGUCCCAAGGCAGCUCACAACUAAAGCCUGGAACAGACAGCUGUAUCCAGAGUGGACAGAAACCCAGAGGCCUGACUGCUGGAGAGGUGGCCAGGUGUCCCUGAAGGUCAGUAAUGAUGGGCCUACACUGGUUGGUGCAAAUGCCUCCUUCUCUAUUGCCCUGCACUUCCCUGAAAGCCAAAAGGUACUGCCAGAUGGGCAGGUUGUCUGGGCCAACAACACUAUCAUCGAUGGGAGCCAGGUGUGGGGAGGACAGCCAGUGUAUCCCCAGGUACUUGAUGAUGCCUGCAUCUUCCCUGAUGGGAGGGCCUGCCCAUCUGGCCCUUGGUCUCAGACAAGAAGCUUUGUUUAUGUCUGGAAGACCUGGGGCCAAUACUGGCAAGUUCUGGGGGGUCCAGUGUCUGGGCUGAGCAUUGUGACAGGCAAGGCGGUGCUGGGCACACAUACCAUGGAAGUGACUGUCUACCACCGCCGGGAGUCCCAGAGCUACGUGCCCCUUGCUCACUCCUGCUCAGCCUUCACCAUUACUGACCAGGUGCCCUUCUCCGUGAGUGUGUCUCAGCUGCAGGCCUUGGAUGGAGGGAACAAGCAUUUCCUGAGAAAUCAUCCUCUGACCUUUGCCCUCCGGCUCCAUGACCCCAGCGGCUAUUUGUCUGGGGCUGACCUCUCCUACACCUGGGACUUUGGAGACCAUACCGGGACCCUGAUCUCUCGGGCACUUGUGGUCACUCACACUUACCUAGAGUCUGGCCCAAUCACUGCCCAGGUGGUCCUGCAGGCUGCCAUUCCUCUCACUUCCUGUGGCUCCUCCCCAGUUCCAGUCACCACAGAUGGGCAUGCGCCAACUGCAGAGAUCCCUGGCACCACAGCUGGGCGAGUGCCUACUGCAGAAGUCAUAAGUACUACACCUGGUCAGGUGCCAACUGCAGAGCCCUCGGGAGCAACAGCAGUGCAGAUGACGACCACGGAGGUCACAGGCACUACGCUUGCACAGAUGCCAACUACAGAGGGCAUAGGUACUACACCUGAGCAGGUGCCAACCUCAGAGGUCAUAAGUACCACACUUGCAGAGACCACAGGUACAACACCUGAAGGGUCAACCGCAGAGCCCUCUGGAACCACAGGCGAGCAGGUAACGACUAAAGAGUCAGUGGAGCCCACAGCUGGAGAGGGACCCACGCCUGAGACCAAGGGUCCAGAUACCAAUCUGUUCGUGCCUACAGAAGGUAUUACAGGUUCCCAGAGCGCCCUGCUGGAUGGCACAGCUACCUUAAUCCUGGCAAAGCGAGAAACCCCCCUGGAUUGUGUUCUGUAUCGAUAUGGCUCCUUUUCUCUCACCCUGGACAUUGUCCGGGGUAUUGAGAAUGCUGAGAUCCUGCAGGCUGUGCCAUCCAGUGAAGGGGAUGCAUUUGAGCUGACUGUGUCUUGCCAAGGCGGACUGCCCAAGGAAGCCUGCAUGGACAUCUCAUCACCAGGGUGCCAGCCCCCUGCCCAGAGGCUAUGUCAGCCUGUGCCGCCCAGCCCAGCCUGCCAGCUGGUUUUGCACCAAGUGCUGAAGGGUGGCUCAGGGACCUACUGCCUCAAUGUGUCUUUGGCUGAUGCUAACAGUCUGGCAAUGGUCAGCACUCAGCUUGUAAUGCCUGGUCAAGAAGCAGGCGUUGGACAGGCUCCCCUGUUCAUGGGCAUCUUGCUGGUGUUGCUGGCUAUGGUGCUGGUAUCUCUGAUAUAUAGGCGAAGACUUCUGAAGCAGGGCUCAGCUCUCCCCCUUCCCCAGCUACCACGUGGUAGCACCCACUGGCUACGCCUGCCCCAGGUCUUCCGCUCUUGCCCCAUUGGUGAGAACAGACCCCUCCUCAAUGGGCAGCAGCAGGUCUGAGGACUCUCAUGUGAUGCUGUGAUUUGCCGAGGGUGGACAGCAAUGCCUAUCUUUUCUCCAGACUUCCCUUGGAGACUACCAUUACCUGAAAUAAAUACUCAGAACCUG